GAGCAAACAGAUUGGAAAUACAGGCUGAAUGUACUAUAGGCAAUAUAAAAGAUAAAGUGGUGAAUGGAGAAACACCAGUGCAUCAACGUCUUUUUGGGAAUUUAUGUGGGAUAGAUAUUAAUGACUUAACAUGUGAUGAUCCUUUAUCGAAUGGUGUGGUCGACCUUGGCUCUAAUCAAUUUCAAUUAUCUGAGAAUGAUUUUGAUUUACUUGUGGGGGAAAAAGCAGGGAUAAGGAGAUUAAGUAAAGGUGCUUCAAUAAAAAAUAUUUGUGCUAACUUUGUUAGAAGAAGAGAUGAAUUUCAAGAAAUAUACAAAUUAGUAGUAGCCGAAGAUGUGAAUGUAGUCCAUUAUUGCUGGGUUGAACAAGAAAGUGACAGAGAACGAAUUAAUUCGCUUGUGGAAGUAGUGGCUCGACUAAUCGAAGUAGCCACAUAUCAAUUACCAAUUAAUAGGGAAGUUGAGGUAACAAGAAACGAACGUCAAAGUGUGGCUAGUAAAAAUUGUAAAGCCAAACAGAAGGUUGGUGCAAGGGGCAACAGACCAGAUUUUAUGAUUCAAGCUUUGCUAGGCCAAAAAUGGAACGAGAUUGUAUACGCUGAAAGUGGUAAAUGGAAUUGUAACGAAGAUAAAAUACUUGAAGAUCACAAUAAAUUAAUGAGAUUUUGUAUAGAUGGAUACAAGGAGAUUUCGAAAAAGCAUGUGAAAGAUGUUCUACGAAAGAACUAUAUUGCUUUCGGAAUCAAUAUUGCAAAUAUUGGAUCUUCGCAAAUAACUCCAUUGAUUUUAACAACUAUCAAAGAAAAUUGUCAUAUGUUACAAAAUCUUGGAAUUUCAAAAGCACAAAUUGCAAAUAUAAAUCUUAUUAAAGAUUUUGUAAUAGCUUUACCAAAUUUAGAAUACAUUAAUCUCACUUCAAUCCCAUGUUUUAAUCUCUUAAACACGAACAAUUUAUUCACCGAAAUAAAAAAGAAUAAUCAUUCCAUUCACACAGUCGAGAUGAAUGAAUCAUUACUUAAAAAACUUUAUGCAAUUGAUGGAUGGAAAAUUGACGUAAAUUAUAGUAGAAGAUGGUAUUAUUCUCGUAAAAUUCAGGGUGGAUCAAUCCGACCUGAUAGAGUACAUGGUAGAAAGUUGGAUAUAACCGAAUAUGGUCCAGAAUAUAUGAGCAAGAUUUUUCAAUAUUAUAGUUUUGAUGUGUGA